AUGGACGAAUGGUGGUGGUGGGUUCUGGUGGCGAUUCUUUCGCUAUGUGCGGUGAUUUUGAGCUCUUGUGCUCUGUAUUUUGGAGCGAGGAUAUGUGUUCGACAGAUCAAAAGGAAAGUCAAAUAUUCAGAAGUACCAACGUCGGUGCCCGAGAUCAAAGUCAGUGUGCCGCAGAGUGCAUCCACCCUGUCCAUCAGCAAAAUGAAUGGAUCGUACCGGGCGAGGGUGCUCAGCAGAAACGGAUGCUCGCCGCCUUGGAUGGAUCGAAAUUUCGAAACAUCUACCAGGAGCUCGCCGUGCACGUCUCCAGCCAUCGCCUCAACAUCUGACAGCUGUGAACUUUUGGGUGAUGAUCCACGGUCCGCAUCUUCUAUGCGAAAUUCAAUGUUUUUGUUUAAUGUCGAUGGAAACCCCGAGGUUAUAGAUGAGAUGGAGGAUAUCGACGAACGAUCUGUGAUGCAUUAUGAGCUGGGGUUCUACGAUAAAACCGAUGGAGGUUGCAUUCGGGGAACGCUCACUUUUGCGCUUAGAUAUGAUUUUAUUCAUAGGGUACUAAUGUUACAUGUAAUUCGCGCCAACAAUCUUCCAGUAGAAGACAAGGGUGUCACGGUGGAUCCAUACGUGAAAAUGUACUUGUUACCGGAGCGACGAGGGCAUUGUAAAACGAGAAUAUGUAAAAAGACGAAUGAUCCGGAAUUUAAUGAAAUGUUCUCCUUUGAUGUUUCUUUUAAUAAUUUGGCAAAUAGGAUGCUUCAAUUCACGGUCUACGAUUUCGAUCGGUUCACCCGCCACGGACUCAUUGGAAACAUCAUAAUGCGAGAUCUUUUCGAAAAGUCCGAUCUUUACACGUGGACAGAAUAUACAAUGCAUAUUGUUGCAAGUCAAAACAAGAACGAUUACGGUGAUUUGUUACUUUUUUUGACCUACUCGAAUCAAGAGGAGAAGCUGUAUAUCAACGUGUCAAAAGCUUAUAAUUUAAGGCCAAUGGAUAUAACGGGUGCUUCAGAUCCAUAUGUGAAAAUCGAGCAAACUUUUAACGGGAAACGGUUCAAAUCGAAAAAAUCUUCAACAAAACGAGCGAAUUUGAAUCCAGUGUUCCACGAGACCCUUGUGUUUGAUAUCCCUUCAUCUCAAAUUGCGGAAACCAAUAUUUUAAUUCAGGUUAUGGACUGGGAUAGAAUAGGAAAAGAUGAUCUUCUUGGUUGCUGUAUUUUGGGCAAAGAUAGUCCGACUGCUGAUGGUAAAACUCAAUGGGACAACUGUCUUAAUGCGGUGCCCGAAGAGGGGCAGCUGAAAAACAAACCAGUUGGUCAAUGGCACAGCCUACUCUCCGAGGUUCCUGAGGCUUUCAAAAACAUGCCGAAAGCCAAAAAAUAAAAAUUUCUCUUAUUCCUCACAAAUGAUUCUCUGUGAUUCAAAACCGGUUGUCAUAUCUCUCUAGAUCGUGAUUAGUUGAAAUUUCAAAUUAACCACGAGCAAAUUCGUUUUAAUUUCAAAAAUUGUAGCUUGUUUCAAGUUGAAACCCUUAUUUGGAAAUCCUUCAAAAUAUUUCCCUAUUUCUCAAUUGUUCCACCUCUUGCAGAUCUUAUCAGCUUUAUAUGUAUUUAUAAUGAAAAUUUUCUCGAUCCUCU